AUGUCUUCGCCGUCAAGAAGCGGGUUAGCCCCCGACCCCGUCGCAAUGUCGUCCUCGCCCAGCCGGCCGUUCUCGUCGUCUCUGCCCCGAGAAGAAGUCACUGCCAGGCUUGCCGAGCCGGUGCGAUCUUCAUCUCCCAUGUUGAGAAGCGGUUCGCCUCGCCCCGGAUUCGCAAAGCCUGAAGGCGGCGCGCUUGGCGAGGGCUCAAGCUUCGCCCAAGGUCCUGGUGUAUCUGCUCUGGCCGCGGCCUUGUCCGACUCCCUGGGCCAGACACCGCCGCGACAUGGCACUCCUCCAGCCCGCGUCAGCACACCGCCGGUCCGUCCGCUGUCCCCAUCCGGCAUUGGCCGCUCUGCUACACCGACAAACUACGGCUCCUUUGACUCGAGGGGCCGCCCUGGAGCGGAGAGCGCGGUGCCAUUUGAGGAUCCGGAGAUCAUCAAGAGGCAUCUGGUGCAGGCCAGUGAGAUGGAUAACCCCACGUCAGAGGCAUCAUCAGAAACUGGCAAGGGCAAGCAGACGGCCGAUUUCGGAUUUGGUACUACUGGCCUGCACGAGGAUGAGUUUUCGAGUCUGCGUCUGCAAGGUGGGGAUGUGACACGGGGGAUCUACAAGUGGACCGAGCAGGCAGAGGCCAGGACCAGGAUGCAGCGAAGUAAGAGUUUCGAUCAUUCUAGGCCCGAGCCUGAAAGCGACACCCUCGACAUCAACUCCAUCAAGGUGCCGGGUGGUUUCCGAAGGAAUCAUCUUCGAAGAAACGUCAUCAGCCCUUCUGGGCAUCAUGAAGAUGGCUUCGGAGGCGCUGAUUCCCCUGGCAGCAACCGGCCGUUAUUCACCUCCAGCUUUCUCGAAUUCCUGUCCAUAUACGGCCAUUUUGCCGGUGAAGAGCUGGAAGAAGAUGACGAGGUCCUCGGCCCCAACGAGUACUUCCAAUCUGGCGAGGACAAUGGCGAGGAAGAAGACGAAGAGCCCAUGGAGGACAGCGCGCUGCUGGGCCCUUCGAAAAAGAAGCGCAGGAGAAAGGUGCGUGGCGGCAGCGGCCAGAACAGCCAGAUGAACGCUGCUCUGCUGCUGCUCAAGUCCUUUGUCGGAACCGGUGUCUUGUUCUUGCCGCGCGCCUACCUCAAUGGCGGCAUGCUCUUUAGCAACCUCGUUCUUCUCGGUGUAGCCCUGCUAAGUUACUACUGCUUCGUUCUCUUGGUCACAACGCGACUCAAUGUGGAGGGCUCGUUUGGCGACAUGGGUGGUAUUCUGUACGGAAAGUGGAUGCGAGCCGUUAUUCUGGCUUCCAUCGUCCUCAGCCAGGUCGGAUUCGUUGCUGCGUACAUUGUGUUUACCUCGGAAAACUUGCAAGCCUUCAUCUUGGCUGUGACGGACUGCCAGACAUCAAUCAGCAUCCCCAUGUUGAUUCUCAUGCAGAUGGUUGUCUUCCUGCCCUUUUCUCUGUUGAGAGAUAUCGGCAAGCUUGGAUUCACGGCCCUGAUUGCCGACGCCUUCAUCCUGAUUGGACUUGCUUACCUCUUCUACUACGACGUCUUGACUCUUGCGGCCGAGGGUCUUGCCGACAUCAUCAUGUUCAACCAGCGGGACUGGACGCUCUUUAUCGGAACGGCCAUCUUUACCUUUGAAGGCAUUGGCCUCAUCAUCCCCAUCCAGGAAUCGAUGAAGCAGCCGGAAAAGUUCCCCAAGGUCAUGUUCCUCGUCAUGAUCAUCAUUACCGUCCUCUUCACCGUCAUGGGUGCCAUCUCCUACGCCGCGUACGGCUCCAAGACGCAAACCGUCGUCCUCCUCAACCUGCCGCAGGAUAACCGCAUGGUCAAUGUGGUGCAGCUCCUCUACUCGGUAGCGAUCCUGCUUUCGACGCCGCUGCAGGUGUUCCCCGCCAUUCGUAUCGUCGAAACCGAGCUGUUUACUAGGAGCGGCAAGUACAACCCCUGGAUCAAGUGGCAGAAGAACAUCUUCCGCUUCUUCGUCGUCAUGUUGUGUGCCGCCAUUGCCUGGGGCGGCGCCGACAACCUCGACAAGUUUGUUGCGCUCGUGGGCAACUUUGCCUGCAUUCCGCUGGUCUACAUUUAUCCUCCCCUGCUCCACUACAAGGCCGUUGCGCGAAGCAAGCUUUGGAGGUGGUCUGACAUUGGACUGUGUAUCUUUGGCUUCAUCGCCAUGGCUUAUACUACCAGCUUGACUGUUAUGAGCUGGGCCAACUCGGAACCCAAGGCUCCUGGAUACUGUGACCGAAGGGGUGGAUAA